AUGAGCCCAAACGUUUGGACAGCAGCAAGUGACGGCGACUUGGCAAGUGUCAAGGCCUUUGUAGCCAAUGGAGGAGAUGUCAAUGCCAAGGACGAGAAUGGAUACACGGCCUUGCAGGCAGCCGUGAGUUACAGCCACAUCGAGCUCGUGGUAUUUCUGUUGGCCAGCAGUGCAGACAUCCACCUGGGAGACAAUGACCGGGACACUCCACUACAUCUGUGCGAGACGGUGGAAUGCGCUCGAGUGCUGCUGGAAGCUGGUGCAGAUUUGAACGCACGCAAUUCCGAUGGGCGGACGCCCUAUGAUGUUGCUAUUGAAGACGAGAACGAUGAGCUCAUGGCGAUGUACGAGAACCUGGGCGCCGAGAAGUCUCGCGCGACGAUCACGGAAGAAGAGAACGGCUUUUUGAAUUGUGAAAGGCAAUGA